AUGGGUCAGCCAGGAGCACAGUUUUGUGCUCCUCCAAGUAUGCUGAGCAAUCCAAACUCCCAGAUGUGCUCGUUCGGCACCGGUGCGAUGUGUUCAGUGGGCGCGGGCGCAGUAGUGCACUCACCGGGCCCAAUGUCGGCGGGGCCAUCAGCUCACAUGCUUGGCGGGAUGCACGGGCCACCGGGCACAUCAAUCGGUCCCGCGGGCAUCCAUGGCACCACGUCGCAGUUCUCGAUGCACCACUCGUCGCCAUCGCAGCAGCCCUUCCAGCAACUGAGCCAUUUCGUGAACAAUGAUGUUUCGAAGUGGCAUAGCUGGAAGUUUGAGCGCUCAACACGCGAUUCGCUCGCCGGACACCUAUGGAUUGAUGGAUACACAGGUGAGAAAGAUUUGCUGCAAGGACCAACAGCGAUCGAACCUCCGCCGCCAUUUUCGCAAGCAAUCAGCAACCAGUAUUCGGCGAUGCAGGCUAGUUCGGUGAUGUAUUCACAGUCGGCGCACAUGAUGCGACCCAGCAGCGCCAUGCAGCAACAGCAGGGCCAGAAUCCGAACAUGAUGACUGGGCCAAGGACACCGCAAAGCGUAAUGAUGGCAAUGCAUCAUCAUCCAUCUCUCGGAAGUCCCAGUAAUCCAGCACUGUUCGGGAGGUAUGCUCGUUUUUGCCUUACUAACCAGCCGACAUGCAGUGUUUCCGUUCCAUAAGC